GAGCUUCUGGACAGCGUUCAAAUGUCAUCAUGAGGAUCUUUCAGCUUCACGUUUAUCUACUUGUGUGCUGUGGAGCUGCAGAAGGUUUCAUCGAGAAGUCGGUGAAUUUGGGACAAAAUGUGACUCUAAAGUGUGAGGUGUCUAUAAAUUAUGUGUUCUGGUUCCUGAUGAAGCCGUCAGAACCUCCAGUUAAUAUAUUACGCUCUUACUCAAGCCUGUCCUUGUGGGCAGAAUACAGUAACACGACCUUCAGCAAGACUUUCUCACUGCAAUAUAACAGCAGUUUAUUUAUUCACAAUAUCAGUAUGAAUGAAUUAGGAGUGUAUUAUUGUAUUCAAACUGGUUCAUCUCCCAACAUCAGCAGUGGAAUCAGACUUUACAUCCAGAAUCACUCAGCUGAGAAUCAGGGGUGUAAAAUUGAGCAGAGGCAGAAUCAGUCAGUCAGUACACCUGGAGAAACCUGGAAAACCUUCGUUCCCAUUCUCAUCAUAUCAGUAAUAAUGAACCUGGCUCUGGCUGUUACAGUUACAGUUUUUACAGUUCGUCACUGCAGAAGAUCUCCAAAAGCUCCAGCACAAGCUCCAGAUCCUGGUUUACAACUGUGUCAGGACGCCAGCCUUGUGUAUGCUCAGGUGCAGCACGUACCGACGAAAGGACGCAUCAGGACAACUGAACUCAACAGCACAUACGCACUCCUGCAGCCUGCGAAACCGUGACCCGACGCAACACGUGGACUUCACGAAGGUCAUCACAGGCAGAAAGAAGCCCCGCUCCUACAGCUACUGAUAUGUAAUGGACAAUUCACACAAGUCAUUUUGUAAAAUCCGACGAAUUGAUUCACAAGCAUGAACAAACCUUUUUAGACUUUUUGAAGGCCUAAAUUUAUAGAACAGCCCUAAAGUGCUUUUCUGAUGCUGUUCGAGUUGUGAAUUAAACCUGGAGUCACUUAAGGAGACGAUCUGGAAGAUUUGAAUAAGUGAGUCAUUGGACUGAAGUGAGUCGCGAUUCAGACACUUAAGGGUUCUGAGUAGAAUGUCAGCCAUUUUGAGAAACAUAAAAAAAGGAAGGAGGGGGCGAGCGUUGUUGUCCCGCUGGCCAUGAGAUUUCCCAGAAUGCACUGACAGUGUUUCAGUUUAAACCCUGAGGUACCGUUAUCCUGCGGUUCGACUGGCCUCGAUAGUGUGGGAAGUUACAUCAUUUCAGACUUCUGUGCAUUUGAGCUACAAAGUUGGGAAGAAACCACAGACGUCUCCAUGCCGGCUAACUGCAAUGUAAAGCAAUGUAUAGUUAGUGUUAUAGAUUUAACAAAUUGAUCUAAAGUAAAUACCUGUAUACACUCAUUUAAAAGUAAGAAUUUGUUUGCUGAAGCUGCCAUUUUGAUUUGCCUCCCAAAGUUUGAACUGCAGCAGUGAUGCAGGUAAUAUAUUAGCAUUUUCAACUAAGAUUUUUAAACACUGACUAUUUUAAAAUAUUUUGUUUCAAGGUGAGAUGAAGCAAAUCUAAAUUAAAUGCUUUUAAUGGGAAAUUAUACUGAAACCUCACCUACUAACUGGGAAACAAUUACUCUAAACAUUGUGAGUCUGUGAUAUGGGUAUUGUUAAAGAUUUGUGCAUUGUGCUCAGCUCUGUCUUUCCCCCCCCCCCAUCUGUGGUUUUUGCGCCACUGCCACUGCGCAAGAUUGAGUUGAAGGCAGUCUGGCCUUGGAGGAAGUGGCAGAAAGGGCUUUGCUACGUGUGAAUUGUGGCUGAAGUGUAUUGAGUCUCCUUUUUGAAUAGUUUCUCAUUCAUUUCUUAAUCUUUUACUGAACAUGAGUUUUAAAAAAAAAGUGAUUCUUUGAGUCAGGCUCGUUUGAACACACCACUGAGUCGUACUCAUGAGAAUUCAUGUUAAGUCACGUGAUUCAACCACAAACUCUCCAGAAUAUAUUAGUGAAAAGUGAUAACAGUUUCUGAGAAUUCUCACUUCAAAAGAUCAGAUUCUUAGACAUGAUGACUGGUGGGAAAGGGCUGUAGUGUGUUUGUGGGUUUGGUACGAGCUUGUCCUCGAAAACCAAAGUUCCUUUUUCACAAUAAAUAGCAUGUGACCCUGCCAGAAGCCAUUCUCCACUUUUAUCUGUAAUUCAUCAGCAAGUUUUAUUUCGGCUGAACUUCAGUCAUAUGAUUGAUGGAGGAGAACAGGGGAAAAAAAAAGUUUCAGAUGAACAUAGCCGGGGACGGAGGAGGGCUGAGAAACUAAUCAAGAUCAAACACAUUUCAUAAAAUAUCUCCUCAAUCAUUUUGUUCUUUUGUCACCGUGACUCACUACUACAUGUCAUAAAAUAAACAUUCAGUUGUAACCAA